AUGGAAAAUGAAGAAGAUAAAGAUAUGGUUAUGUUGCAUUUAGUCAGAAGAAACAACAAAAGCUUUUACGACCUUGCUAAGAUUUACAAAUCUGACAGAAAUUGGUUCUAUCGCGAAAACUUACCGAUUUCAAUGACCCCAAAUGAAGAUGUGAAACAAAUAGUUCAAGAUACGUUACCUCAAACACACUAUGAUAUGAAAGGUUGUACAAUACUUACCUUCAAAGAAGACUUACCGCUACUGAAAGAAAAAAUAACAGAGUAUUUUGACAACUUCAAACAAGUAGAGUAA